AGAGCUACACCAGCUAGUGUUUCACAUCCUGCUUUGUGUUGUCAGCUGGUUGUUGGUGAGGUCCUGUGACAAACACUUAUGUGACUGUUGAUACAACAGACAGUCGACGGAGAGAACCAGGAGGUAAGCUUUGUCCUCUUCUGUCUGAGCUGUAGUUUGAUGCAGGGAGCAGGUUUAUUCAUUCAUUACAGUUCAGGUGAACGAUAAGCUGAGGCGAAGAACAUGGGAGAGUACAGCGGGCCUAACGUUACUGUAUCAGCGGACACUCCUGUCAAGAUACGCUGCUGCUCAUAACCUUAAAACACUGUGUCAUAAACAGCCAAUUAAUGUGACUGGAAGAAAACCGACCGUCUUCUUUUUCUGCCUCGAUUUUUUACAUAAAUGUAAAGGAUCAAGUCAGUCAAAAAGGCUGCAGUUAAGUGAGGUUUUCAGGUGUGGUUUCCAGUCUGUUAAGUUCUUGGGCUGAUAAGGUUGUGGAUAAGCCAUAAAACAGGACUAACAGAAACCUCACAAAACAGCUGUUAUCCAUGCACCUGCCUUACAUUGACAGGGGUGAUUUACUAUAGGUGAUAUAGUAAAACACACCAGUAAUUAUAAGAACACCUAGAGCCUUCUGCGAAGUCCAGUUUGAUAUUAUUUAAGGCAAGAGAGUCAUAUGAGGAAUAUGGUUGAAAAUACAGCCACAUAUUGUUUUUUGCAAGCAAUGUAAUUUAGACUGAUGACAGCAUAAUUGUUUGAAUAACAGUGCAGUCCUACAUUUGUAAAGCUUUUUUGAACAGUUCAAACAUGCAGCUUUGAAAAACAUAAAUUAUUUACAGAAAAUAUAUAAAACUAUAGCUUUCAUCCCGCUGAAAUAGUCAGAGGUGACUUUUUUCAUAUCCUACUGCUGGUUUAUUUUCUCUCCUACAUGUUCUCAUUUUAAUAUUCUAUCAUUUCAUAAGAAGGUCAACAAAGGUGUUCCCCUUUUCUACUGUUUCAAAAGUACAAAUAUGUGUCCCUGACUUAAGACACCCAGUUUCACCUGUAUAAAGUUUAAAUAGAUAUCAACUACAUUAGCUAUUGUUUGAGUUAACACACACUAUGGGUCCUGAUUGAAAGCACAAGUUUUGUUCCCUAAAAGUACAACUCUCUCAAAAUAUGACCAAUUUAAUUCUCCAAAUGAUGCUUUAUCCAUAACUGAGUAUUUUUGGUAAUAAUAAUUGUAGUUUUAAAGCAUCCUAAGCAUUUGCAUGUUAAAUAUGUCAAGAUGGGGAAAACUGAAGCUGUUAGAUGUUUAAACCCUUCUGAAAAACAGAAACACGCAGAGUAUGUGUGAGAUGAAACUCUAAAAAAAUGUGACACAAAAUGUAGCUUGAUUAUUGAAUAAAAAGCCCCUCUUGUUCAUGUCAUACAUAAACUAGAUUGUGAAAUUAUAUGCUUCUUACAGAAGUAAAGGUUUUGUCUCUAAAUGAAUCGUCUGCAGAGUCCACGUAGAGUUAUUGUCUAUGCAGGAAAACCCAGCUUGCCAGGAAAUUUGUAAUUCUGUCAAAUAUGAGAGGCAAAAAGACUGAUGUUGGUUUAGGGAGCUGGUUUAGCUCAGUUGAUAGAGCAGGCCCCCCAGAUACAGAGGCUGCAGUCUUUGUUGCAUGUUGUUGCAAAUUUGAAAUGGAUGUAAUAACUCAUUUUGAAGAGUAACUCUAGGUGUAACCUAUGGAAAAGGCUGAGAGUAACCUAGAGUUAACACUUAAUAAAUAAAUAAAUGGUAAUAAUAAUAAAUGGUAGACCACCUGUUGAGUUUACAAUAUGACUCCAAGAGACUUUUUUGUUGGUCCAGGCAUGAUACAUAUUCUUGCUAAAUGCCAUGAUUAUAGGUUGAGUAUGCUGUAAGGACAUUCCUCUCCUUACACAGCCCUGAACAGUUAAUUUAACAACUAUAAUCUCUGCUUCCUGCAAGUAACUGCAAAAUGUCAUUAAACUUUUAUUUUUAAUAACAUGGAAAUCAGUCCACGGCUUCCAGACACGGCUUUAUAAAGCUGUAUUUAGAAAACCUGUGAAUAGAUUUUUUGCUCAUUUGAAAGACUGAAUCUGUUCAACUCUGUUCAGCUGUUUGGAUAUCAGACCCGUUUUUAAUGCUAGGAUUUAUUGCAGAGUUGAUUAAUUAGUUUGAUAAAGUUGACCUUCGUGUGCAUGUGUGUGCAGAUUUAUUGUUCAGAUGGUUAAUGAAUUUCCUCAGCACCAUAAAACCACACCUCAGGGUUGUUGACAUGUUAUAGAGAUGAAUUAACUUUCCAAGCCUCCUUUGCUCUUUACAGUAAUGAUAUUUGAUUUGCCAUUGAACUGGUUUCAAUGCUGUGUUUGGCUGCGGGACUUUUGACAUCUGUUUCAUUCUAACGCCUGGUCCACGCAGGAAGCGCCGCGCACAGAGUUUCGGAUCGGCGCCCGUGUUAACCUAUGAGACUGUUCACACAGCUUGCGCGCGGUAACGGCUCGCACUCUGGAGCGCGGCCGCUCCGCUUCUCUCUAUUUUUGGCGCGCGCCAGAAAGUUAUUUUAGCACUUGGACCAGGCAAACGCUAAAGAACUUUCGUAGAUUUAGCCAUCUUGUUUCUGGCUCCGAUUUUGCUGUUUUCUGACUUGGUAACUGAAAUGCUGGGAACUAGGGUGUGACGUCAAUUUUAGCUCCGGCGUCUGACUUCCGAGGAAACUGGAAUGCAGCAUUAUACCCCGAGGUUUAAGAUCCAUUGGCAACAGUAACAUUUGAGUGUAAAGGGUUUUUAACCUGGAUUCAAAAAGAAUUAAAAGAAGGUUAGUUUUGCAAAACAGCUGGCAAAGUGCAAGUUAGGGCAAACUGUUGCAGCCGAGCAAAUAAACCAGCAUGUAAUCAUUGUUUACCUUUUUGUGCAAUCAGGGAACGGGUCCGGGUUUGCAUGUCAAACUCCCUGUCACAUCCAACAUCAUUGCACUCAUCACUCUAAAUUAAACUGCCGCAUUGGUGUUUAAAAACAAAGCAAAUGAGGUGUGGCAAAACAAAAAAAAAAAACAACAAAAAAAACUGCAGUACCUCUAGUGCACAUUGGGGGGCUGCUCCAACAGACAGACAUCUUCAUCAACAUGUUAAAUCAUGUUAAAAUAGCCAACUUUACUGCAAAAUGCCAAAUGAAUCUGUUUGCCAGGAGCUGUAACACCCACAUCCAUGUGUGAUACAUCAGAAUUAGAUUUUGAGACUAUAUUCAAUAUUCAGAUCCAUGCAUAUUCCUUUACAGGAAUAUUCCGUUACACAUUCCUUUUGUUAAAUGGUCAUGGCUGCUGUAAAAAAAAAAAUCAGACAUUCCACUCAGACUGUCAGAAGAGUAGAAAUUUCACCUCCUACUCAGUCUUUUCAUGAAAUAAAACACCUGCUGUCAGUAAAGCUGCCUAUGGGAAAACUGCCUGACCAGACAAAUUAAGUACAGAUUGUGGAGUUAAUGGGAAAGUCACAUCAUUAAGUCAGCAGCUCUUAAAUUGGAGUCUGGGGACCUGCAGGGAUCCUUCAGGGGGUUUAGACGUCUCCAGUUACAGUUUGCGGAGGAGUUAACCUGCAGCAGCAUCAUCUGUUCCAAAGAAAUGAAGUCAAACUGAAAAAUGUGACACAAGGAGAUUUGAAAAUGUAGAUUUAGAACAUAAGAUUAUUUAUUGAUCAAGUUUUCAAAUGAUUAUAACAUUGAUUACUAAGAACCCAGGUAAGAAAACUGAGACUUUAUGUAAUAGGCUAUAGCAAAUAUACCAGGAAUAAGAGACAGGUCUGUGUGUGUGUCUGUCUGUCUAGAAAGAAAGAAGGUACAUCUGAUACAGUCCAAGUGCAUGAAGUUGCAAAAGGCUCUCCCUGCUCUCCACUCUCCUCUCUCCCUGCUCUUCUCUCUCCUCCUCCUCCAGCUGCUUUUCCUGCUCUCCUCUCUUCUUCUGCUACUUUACCUGCUCCACUCUCUCUUCCUUCUGCUCCUCUCCCUUCUCUCCACUCCCCCCCUGCUCCUCUCUCUGCUCGCCCCUCUCCUCCUGCACCUUUCCCUGCUCUCCUCUCCCUGCUCUCCUUUCUCAUCCUCCUGCUCCUCUCCCUGCUCUCCACUCUCCUCCUGCUCCUCUCCCUGCUCUCCACUCUCCUUCUGCUCCUCCUUCUGCUCUCCUCUCUCCUCCUCCUGCUCCUCUCCCUGCUCACCUCUCUCCUCCUCCUGCUCCUCUUCCUGCUCUCCUCUCUCCUCCUCCUGCUCCUCUUCCUGCUCACCUCUCUUCACCUGUAACUGCCUAAUAGUUCGGACUUUAUGUCGAAGAUUCAGCUCUCCUUUAUUUAUUUAAGCAGGGGCUUCACUUCCUCACUCUCCCAAACUUGGUUUCUCACUGAUCUGCGAUGCUGAUAACGAAUUGAAAGUGAGAGCUGUUUGGGGGGAGGGUCCUCUCCUCAUCCAUGCUCUGCAAACAUAAGCCUGGAAGUUGUGACAUGCAGACAGCAGAGGAGACAUAUCUUGUAGGGACACCAAAAUUUGUAAAGAAACUCCUGUUGUUAUCUAUUUGUUGCACCACUGCUAUUUCUAACAUUAAGCUGUGUGGUAUCGACCCGCCUCCAUUGUGGUUGUUGAGUGUUUGUGAGGAAACUUCUUUGUGCUUGGAUGCUGUAAGUGUGUUUGUUUGCAGGACCUCGUGGUUUUUAACCUCUCAGUGUUUUAACUGCAGUUCACUUUAAGUAGGUCACAUGCGAGUGGCUUUUUGUAAAUUCACAUCCUUUGCUUGUGUUACUGAUUACUGUGUGACCUUUUGUGUUACUAUAUUUUAAUCAGGUCACUAGAGUGUUUCUGAUUUUGGGGAUUUAUUUGCAGCUGAUGGGUAAUGAUAAGAACACAAUGGUGACACACAGAGAAAGAGGAACUUCUGCAUGUCUGUUUGGAAAUGGACAAUGCAUCAUUCACACUUCUUGAAAAAGCACUUGUGAAACAGUAAAUAAGGAAAUUCAGUAUUUACUGUUGGAGUUGUGCAGGACUAAUGAAGGUGUAAGUAAGAGGAAUAACGACUUUUUUUUAUCAGAGGAGCUUUUUAGUAGAAUAUCAAAACAGCACGCCACUGUGUACUCUGUGCUGGUAGUUUAGCAGCUUUUAUUCAGUCAGAGUAAGUGAGAACAGAAGAACACAACUUUGUUUUGUUUCAUCAAGACCUUCGCCCUGUUGAAACACUACCAACCUGUAAUCGUGGGCUGCCUGUAGAGAUGUUAUGUGGAUCAGCAAGGUUACAAUGAAACUGAUUUUGGAAAGGAGAAGACUAAGACGUGCAUUUCUGCAUUUGCAGCAUUAUGUUGCACUCAAUUACACGAUGAUGGCAGGAAAUGUAAAGGCUCCAGCGGUUGGUUACCAAAUGCAUCAUCUUGGGCAUGCAGGUAGAUAUUUCUCCAUAGACUGCUACAUCCACCCUUGGUGCACUGUUGUUCACAUCACAUGGUGCUUAACUGCAUAUGCCACAAGUGUACUAUUUUCCACUUUGAGAUAGGUUAACAGAAAUAAAAAGAAAACGCUCAGAAAACAGUCAUAAUUGAGUACAAUUUAUCAACAUCUCUGACAAAAAAAGACCAAAUAUGAAACUGAAAAAUUCAAAAUAAAAAUUCACUCUAUCAAAAUCAUAAUCAGCAGGGAUGCAAAGGCUGAGUCAACUAAACCACUGCUCUGCUUCAGUAUUCAGGCCCGAACUACACGAAUGCGGAUAUAUUUCAAACCGCACAUAUUUAUGUCCGAUUAGGCCUCCCUACCACACCAAAAUGGGAGUUUGGAGCACUCAAACCGGAUAAAUCUGAAUCCGAAAAACAAGUGGAGAAAUAAAAAAAAUACCCGUAUCCUGUAUCCGUAGUGGAUUCGUGUGGUUGGACUUUUACGGAUCGAUGACGUCAAACCGCAGCUCGCGCAUGCGAAUUAAAAAGAAAAACAACAACAACAAUGAUGGUGGACAUACAGGGUAUUCUUUAUGUUUGUUUUGCCCUUUUGGGGCUAAUUUCAGCCUUGCAAGUGAACCUUGUUUUAUACAAUUACAUCCACCAGUCAGCCAGCUCACAGACGCGUCUGCUGCGGCCAAUACUUUUAUUGGUCACAUGGUCCGUCACAUGGACCCGACGCACUAGCGUAGCUUCCGCAAACAAUGCAUGACGCAUCACGCUGUUUCGAUUCAUCGGCCAAUCAGAUAGCUUUGUUCCUUAAUUUUUUUUAAGCGGCACCAGAUAGGAUUGAGUUUGAAGGCUACGUGUGGACGCAGAUAUUUUUGAGAACUAACACGUGUGGACAGAUACAUUUAUUUAGACGGCAGUACAAAAAUAUCCUGAUAAAUAAAUGUCUACAUACGUGUAGUCCGGGCCUAAGAGUUUCACUCCAGUAAACCUUCCUCCUGUGUUAGCUUUCACUACACACCCACCAUGUCAACGGGUCAGGUUCGACCUAUUCUUACAUUAGCUGCAAAUUACACUAAAAACUGUUAUUCAUCUGCCAAUUUGGUUCUCAUCUCUAGGUUACCUUGUUAGGCUUCUUUAUCCAUGAAAAUACUGCUCUUGAGAUUUUUUGGUUUAGGCUUCUUGCCUUUUAUUCAUCAGUAUACCCCUCAAACAGACAACCCUAACAAGACAAGUGCCACAAUUUUAACCAGAGCAUUUUAUAAUUUAGUCUAUUAAAUUAUUUUUUUCAUUUUGUUGAAACAGAGGUUCCUGACAAAGUCAGAAAGUCUUGAUGCAAAACAAACAAACAAAAAAAAAAACAAUUGUAUGAGGCUCUUUUCUCCAUUUAAAACUAACCCUAACUCAGGAGGAGGGUAAAACAUUCUGCUGGAGCACUGUCAAAGUUGUUGUCUCUGUUAGUCUAAAGGGCCCAGGCUAAAGUAGCGGAUUAUCCCUUUAAAGAGGAAUCACUCAAACCUCUAGUCUGUGCAGAGCAUGUGAUUCAGUCUGUGUGUGGAGAGACAGCGCAGACAUAACUCCUCAGCUGUCAACCAUGAGAACACGAGUGCUGUGAUUUCCUCUGCAGAUAGAGCAGAUUUUAGUCUUUCUGUUUGACUAAUGCGAAACUUUCCAGGAUGAACUCCCUUUACCUCCUCAUCACAGCAUGUGCAGGAGCUGCAGCUGUUAUCUCCUAUCAGAGCGAGUCAUUAUCUCACCCUUGUGCUGAGAAUGACGGUAAGCAGGUUAGACAUGUCGCAGAGCUCUGUGAGUACGGUCCAAACCCUCCUUAAGGGGUCCCUAAGAGGGGUAGACUACAGAAGCGCUAGGGGAGCAGUGGAUGAGAAAAAAGAGCUGAGACUGAUUCUCAUUAAAGAAAUAUAAAGUGAGCUGAGAGCUGAUUCCUGCUCUGAUGUUUUCCUGGAGGUUGCUGUUGUUAUUUGUUAGCUGUUUUUAAUCCAGAGACCCAAAUCAAUUGGAUGAACAUGAGUCUUUCUGUGUUUUUAAAGUUACCCAAGCUGUUACUAUUACUGUCUCUAGACGUUUUUAAUGUCAUCAGGUCUUGUUAUAGUCAAUGUCAACAGCAUUGUUAUAAAUUUCUGCCACCAUCACACUGUUGUACUUUUACAGUAAUCCUCCUUCAGGGUAAUAUAUUGGUGUAAUUUCCUGCUUAAAAUUACAACAGGACAAAUAAUAUUAGAGACAAUGAGUCUAUUUUAAUUCAGCAAAAGUCCAAUAACCUGCACCCUCAGGUCUAAGCUGUUCCUGCCAAACAGGUCCAACAAAAGUGACGGGAGAGGGAAGGAGAUAUCAAUCUAACAGCAGACAGGCCCACAUGGCUGCUCUGGGAGGGGAUCGAAUGAGUGAUAAUACCUCUGUGGGUUCACAGCUGCUGUGCACAGUCUUUAUAUUAUAUCCCUACAGUCUUAUUUCACAGUUCUAGGCAUCCUCCAUAACAGAGAUGAAUCUAAAGCUCAGCCCCUCCUCUCAGCUAAACUUCUUCAGCUCAGCUUCCCCUGGCUCAUUGCUGUGCUUUUAUGGUUCAUGAGCUUUGAACCAUGUUUGGUUCUUAUAAACUGCCUGAACGCCACCUGUGUGGACUGAAAUAACAAAGACAGAGGUCAGCCUGUGAGCAUGGUGCAAAGGUCUGUAGCUAAAGAGCUGGUUGUCUUAAUAUGCAGUGAGUGUUUGAACAAUUGAUUAAGUGAAACUGAGUUAAUUUGGAGUGUGCAUUCAACAAAAUGACCCAUGCACUGUUUUUAAUUAGUGCCAAUGACUUUGAAGUGGUCUGUUUUCUCAUAGAGACAAUACUGCACCCUGCUUAAAAUGCCUAUGUGCUAUGAUUUCAAGACAUUGUGGUCGAACAUCUAAAAUUUAACGUCAAACUUUGUCCAGUAAACAUUUGAUAGACAGUAGACAGUGCUCCCCCUCAUGGUAAAAAACUGUCAGGAUUUCAUCUGUAAUGUGUGCCAAAUAUCAGCUGUUUUAAACCAGAGCAGCCCCUUUUUUAAAAAGCAAAGUAUUGAUAUUGUACUGAAAAUAAGCAGACAUAGCUCCACAAGUUCAUUGUUGUGAUUCUUUACGCUACAUCUGAUAAAAUAGAGGAGGGAUGAGUCAGACGCAGCAGCUGCUAGCAUGAUAGACGUGAUCGUACAGCUAAAAGGUGACUAAUUUUGUUGUUUUCUCUCUGCAGGAUGAAGACACUGUGAAAGUCUGCAGUGGAGCACAGAGGAGGCCACGGGAGGAGGCGGUCACUCUGCGCAGAUGGAGCGUCUCCACUGGGUGCAGCAUCGCUGUCGGCAGCUCCUAGCCGGCGACUCGGAGCGAGGCUGGUAUUCUGCACCUAAUGGCCUGCCCAACAAGAACUUCCUGGACAGGCACAGCUCACCUCAGAGAGUCAGCGGGAAGCGGAGGACAGUGUUUGCUCGCCAUGGACCCCACCAGCAGGAGUACGAGGCUGCAUCCAAAAAAUACAAGGGCAAUGCCAUCAGGACUACAAAGUACAGCCUGCUGACUUUCCUCCCCAUGAACCUGUUCCAGCAGUUCCACAGGUCAGAUUCACACCUCUGAAACCAUCACAUUACACAUACACUACUGUUGUAAUUUAAUGUUACAUUUCAUGUUUUGAUUGAAUUGAUACUUCAUUAUUAUUAUUAUUUCUAGUUAAAGGAAUUGAUUGACAAAUUGCAUGAUUUACACUACAGAUGGAUUGAUUUAAUUGAACAAUUUAGUAUUGCAUUUCAUGACUUAGCUAAGAGAACUGCAUUUCCCAUGCUCCUUUGCUACCGGAUGUUAGAGAGAAAUGUCGGGAAAUUUGUGUUGUGAUCAGAAAAGUGCGAGCCUUCUAGUAGUUCAGACCACAGAGCGAUAGCUAAGUGAAUGUUAAUUUUCUCCAUCUGCACCUUUUUGUAACCCCUUUUUUUUCCUAUAAAAACAGCAAGCAACUGCACUAUAUUUACGUCAUCCUGUCGAUCCUUUUGAACAUUGUUAAUCUAUAACUACAGGCCAAAAGUUUGGAAGCAAGGCCAUUUCAGGCAUCCAGAAGGCAUCCUAACCAGAUGCCCGAGCCACCUCAGCUGACUCCUCUCAAUGUGGAUGAGCAGCGGUUCUACUCUGAGCGCCUCCUGAGUGUCGGAGCUCCUUACCCUAUCUCUAAGGCUGAGCCCGGCCACCCUGUGAAGGAAACCCAUUUCGGCCGCUUGUAUCCGCGAUCUUGUUCUUUCGGUCAUUACCCACAGUUCAUGGCCAUAGGUGAGAGUCGGCACAUAGAUCGACUGGUAAAUCGAGAGUUUCGCCUUACGGCUCAGCUCUUUUUUCACCACGACUGAUCGGUUAAGCAUCCGCAUCACUGCUGACACCGCUCCGAUCUGCCUGUCGAUCUCCCGUUCCAUCCUACACUCACUCGUGAACAAGAUCCCGAGAUACUUGAACUCCUCCACUUGAGGCAGGACUGCUCCUCCGACCUGGAGAAGGCAAUCUACCUUUUUCCAACUGAGGACCAUGGCCUCAGACUUGGAGGUGCUGAUUCGCAUCCCAGCCGCUUCACAUUCGGCCGCGAACCGCCCCAACAACACUGAUUCAGAGAAGGUGUAUGAAUGUGAGUGUUGUGUGGUGGUGGUCGGAGAGGCCGUAGGCGCAAACUGGCAGCCACGUUUCUGUCAGUCAGUCCCAGGGCAGCUGUGACUACUAAGGUAGUUUACCACCACCAAUGUGUGACUGUGUGAGUGAAUGAAUGAUGUAUCCAAUGUAAAGCGCUUUGAGGGUCUCUGAUAAAGCGGUAUAAUGCAUUAUUAUUAUUAUUAUGUAUUUUGGGAUGUAUUUCCUCCAUAAUCAAAUGUUGCUUUCAUGGAAAUGCACCAUUUUACUCCAUUUACCUUUAGAUAUACAUUGAUGUUAACAGACCAUUGCUAAAUAUAUGUCAGCAAAAGAUAAUAAGGGCUUAGUUGCAGGGUUGAAAACAUUUGCAAGAGUCACAACUUCAGUGCAAAAGCAAAAAAACAAAUCACAGUUGGAUUAUUCACUUCAACUUUUUGGCUUUUGAGAGUCUGCAUACAAAAAUCCUAAUAAAUCUUGACUGCGUUCAAACUACCCCAAAAAUGGCUAGAAAGAAGCAACUGAGUAAAGACACAAAAAUACAGAUUAGUACAUUGAGGAAAGAAGGAUACACAGAAAGAGAAAUUGCAAAACGCCAAAAGGUGUUUAACAAAGGAGUCCACUACACUCUGAAGAGACUAGAGGCACCUGGAAGUUAUGAUGAUAGAAAAAGACCUGGACGAAAGAGAGUUACUACAAAAGCAGAGGACAAACAUAGCAUUGUCACCAGUAAGAGAGAUCGGCGAAAGACUGCACCACAAAUAAGGGAGGAAAUCAACAUGACAAGGUCGAAACCCAUAUCUCUGACAACCGUGAAAUGACAUUUGAGAAAGGCUGGUCUGAAGGGUUGUGUAUCUGCAAAAAAACACUACUUCGUCCACAGAACAAGAAAAAAAAGAUAUGAGUGGACAAAAGCUCACAAAAAUUGGACUUAUGAUGACGAGAAACAAGUUUGCACUGUUUGGUUCAAAAGGCAGAGUCUAUGUCCACUGACAAACUGGUGAACGUCUGAAAGCACCAUGUGUUACACCCACAAUUCAGCAUGGAGGUGGUAGUUCCAUGGUGUUGGGAUGUUUUGCAGGUGAUAGAGAAGAAGAUUUGUUUGACGUAAAGGGUAUCAUGAAUAAGGAACAGUACCACUCCAUCCUCUAGCACCAUGCUGCUCCAUCUGGACUAAGACUUGUGGCUCAUAAGUUUGUUUUGCAGCAAGACAAUGACCCUUAGCAUUCUGCCAAGCUCUGUCAGGGUUACCUAGACAAAAAAGAAGAGGAAGGUGUUCUUCAAAAGAUGGUUUGGCCCCCUCAGUCUCCAGACCUUUCUCCAAUUGAGCUUGUGCGGGAUGAAUUGGAUUGAUCGGUCAGAAAAACGCGUCCCACGAAUCAGCAGUCUCUUUUUAAUGAACUUAAGAAAGCUUGGAAUGCAAUCCCUGGAACAUACCUUAAAAAACUUGUGGAACGAAUGCCUGGUAUAUGCCAAGCUGUUGUGAAAGCCAGAGGAGGUUACUUUAAAGAAAGCAAAGUCUAAGCAACAAUAACUCAAAUACCUAAUAAUUAUAGUCAAAAUGUCUACUGAUAAGUUACUCUUUACACAAUAGUCAUGUUUAUUGUGUUGCAAAUUAUAUAUAUGAAACAAUAAUCUAUUUUUGUACAAAUCUGAUCUUGCUUCCAAACUUUUGGUCUGUAGUGUACAGAGCAAAACCAUUUCUUCAAUUUUGGAUUUGUGAGCCACCCAAGGCUCUGCCCUGUUUAAAGCCAAUGUUGGACUUCUGUCACCAAGUGUUUAUACUUUUCCAUUUGUCACUGAACUGCAAAAUCAAGGUCAGGAGAGUCCUUGCUUAAGUAGUGAGAAAUGUUAAAACAUACAGGCUGCUAAGUGAAAGGGGACAUCCACCAAACUGAAGAAAACCAACUCUCAGAAGAUGCUCUGUUAGCUCUUGGUUUCACUACCUCAGCCUCUAUUUUUUUUGAAGACUUAAAAACAGGCAACUGGACUGUGUAGAGUUGAGAAGACGUUUCGCCUCUUAUCCAGGGAGCUUCUUCAGUUCUAAAUAUUUCUAGUGUGAGGAGCAGAUAUUUAUCUUACUGGAGAAGGGGACAGACAACAACUGGGAGGAGUUGGAAAGAAUGGGUCGUAGAAACCCAUCUCAGGGUGCCCGGGUGACACAAAUAAGAAAUGGAGUGAGAGUUUCAACAGUGCCUCCUGAGCAGAUUUAUUUUCAACAAUGACCAUAACAGUCCAGUUUACAGGUCAAUAACUAACUUACAUUCCAACAACAUUCAAAAACGUCCCAGUAUUUGCCUGGUACAAUGUAAUUUAUUGACUACCCCUCCAGUACCUGUCUCGAACGCUCUCAAACAACUCUGGCAGCGCUGUGUCAGAAAAGUACCGCUUACUUGGUAAUUUGUACCGUGGACUCAGGUGUGUCAUCAGAUUUAUGAAGCCUUUAUCCUGUACUAUGCUAAACGGCUGGUCGUCCAGUGCCAUGAACUCCAUUAUUUUCCUAGUGGUGGCUUUGGACUUUUCAGUGUUGAUGUCAAACAUAGGAGCCACGGCGGAGGGUUGUUGUGGUUGCUGCGACUCUGCUGCAUCCCUUCUCUUAGUGGCAGUGUUGUCCUUAUAUUUGCUAAACAAGCCUGGGUGCUUCUUUUCCAAGUGGCGUAUUAAGUUUGCUGUUCCAAAUGUCUUGGGCGUUGAUCCUCCACGGCUGACUUUUGACUUGCAAGGAUUACAAACAGCGUGUUUUGGGUCGCUCUGGCACACAGUGAAAUAAGUCCAUAUCACCGACAUGUUUUCUUCCUGAGUCUUGCUAGUUUUUAGCUGGUUUGCUCUGAGCUGAUGCACACUGCGCAUGCGGGUCAGUUUGCUCGGGGAAAACCGGCAAAUUACGACAGUGACUGGCCGGUCACCGGUUGGGGCCGGUUGGAUGUAAAACCGGCUUUUUAAAUCGGCGGCCGAUUGAUCGGUGCAUCUCUACUCUGUUUAUGUCUCGGUGUUUUGUCCUUGGGAUGGACUAUUUUCUGCCUUAGUGUGUUACCAGGGGGGGCACCCAGGCACCCUCCCAGUCGUUGUCUGUCCCCUUCUCCAGUAAGAUAAAUAUCUGCUCCUCACACUAGCAAUAUUUAGAACUGAAGAAGCUUCUUGGAUAAGAGGUGAAACAUCUUCUCAACUCUACACAGUCCAGUUGCCUGUUUUUAAGUCUUCAAGAAAACCAUGACCUGGAUAAAUGAGAAUCUACAUGGACAUAUCUCAGCAUCUAUCUGUACGUGAUCAUUUUUUGGUGCUACUCUGCUCUGUCCUCGUAGGGCCGCUAACCUCUACUUCCUGUUCUUGGCAUUACUGAACUGGGUGCCUGUGGUUGAAGCCUUUCAGAAGGAGAUCACCAUGAUACCUCUUGUGGUUGUUCUCACCGUGAUUGCAAUUAAAGAUGCCCUGGAAGAUUACAGACGCUAUCUGUUUGACAAGAAGGUCAACAACAACGUGGUGCGAGUAUUUUGCAGGUGAGUAACCCUUCAAGUCAUUCACUCUUUUGUUUCUGCUGCUGUCUGACGACGAUAUACAACGAGAACUUUAUAAAUGCAACUCAAAACUCCAAAUUCAGUUUUAAGAAGGCGGUCAAGGAAAUGUAUCCUUUCCAACAAAUGGAGUGAAGCCUGUGAGCUAGUUCAGGCAAACUAGAGCUCCACAUUACUGAAGCUGCUCAUGCAAAAGUGCUGCACUCACAUUUUCAGCCUCAACAGCACCCAAGGAUCCUUCUGGAGGGUCCAACCAGGGGUUUAAGAUACUGUCUCAUCAUUCCACAGUUUCUGCAUGAAAAAGUACAACUGCGGGAAGGCUAGAGUUGAUGCCCGGAUUCCAAACACAAACAAUGCCCUGCUGUUCUGCAGCAAUAAAUGGCUCACAGCAUAAACUCUAACUAAAGUGUAAUCUUUGCAAACUGAAAUUUUUAAAUUCAUCACCUGUAGUGUCAGCUGCUGUAUUGCAUUUCGAUUAAGCUGAAUGUGGCUCCACAAUUUUGUAGAAAAAAGCUGAAUUUCAGGAUUACCAGCUGUCCCUGUCUAUAAAGACAGUCUCUGGAAAGGAUGCUGAUGUACUUGAUAACCAGCGCAUGCUAUUUUGCUGUUGUGAUUGUCUUGUUAGGGAAGCUUUGCUCAACCAUGUCCUCCAUUUUUGUGGACUAACCUUACUGUAUUUUUUUACUGAGGUCAAGAGUGCAUGCUGUGAUCAGUUCACGAUGAGAGCGCCCUCUGUUGGAUCAUAUGUCAGGAUUGUCCUCAUAUGGACAAUCCUGUGCCACUGGUUCAAUGUUGGGGAAUCUUGGUUGCAACCAGUUGUUGGUUGUUAUGGCUUUCCUACCACUUGCCAAAAAAAUCUUCAACAGGUACCUGUCCUUAUGUAGGACUGUUUCCGGGAUUUUACCGAGAUAUAAAACAACGAAAGACAAGUCUAAAUCCACCCCCAUUAUUUUAUUUAUCUCGGUUGACACCUCCCUCCAAAAUGACUAGAUUUUCGGACAGGCCCAAAAAAUAUGAAAGUGAUUAGCCAUAGGGGUUCCACAUUGUCUACAGCAGUAGCCUCGGUUCUGUGUGCCUGUUUGCAGCGCUGUUAAUUUAGGGGUUGUGAAAAAUCUCACCACAUUCUUCCAGUCAAAUUUUCUUGAAGAUCUUGAAUUUGCAGUGGUCGCUUGUGUCUCACAAAUUUCUAUUUCAAAUUUCUAUCCAGGUCUGUAGCCAGGUGGUACCUCUCCUAACCCACUGUUUAAAGCCCCCGUCCAAUCUAGCAGGUUCAAAUUCUGGAUCAUAUACUAUCCAAUUCAAGACUCUAACCUGUUUUUCUAUUUGUAACUUCUUCAAAACCUUAAACCAUAGCUUAAGAGUGAGUAUAGUCCAUUGAGUCAAGCUGUUAUAAUGUGUUUCGGCUUGGUUUUUAUUUCCUAUUAUAGAUUGCAUUGGAAUUCUUAACUGUGUAGUUUCCAAGCAUUUCCAUUUAGAUUCAUAAUUUGGAGAACAGGGUUUCAGUUGUGCAGCAUAAUAAUAGUCCAGUAAACAUGGUAAAGCUCUUCCUCCCUUUUCUUUUCCCAGCUGUAGAGUCUUGAGCUGAACCCUAGGUUGUCUGCUGUUCCAAAUGAACCUUGAGAUCCAGGCAUUCCACUCAUCAAAUGGUUUUUGGGGUACCUCUAGAGGCAAAGACUGAAAAAGAUAAAGAAGCCGUGGCAAAACAUUUGUUUUAAUGAUUUUUAUUCUAUUACUCAUAUCCAGUGGGAGGAGGGUCCAUCGAGAAAUAUCAGAUUUGAUCUCUUUAUUAAUGGAGCUGUAGUUGUUUUCAAAAAGUUUUGACAUAUCUUUAGUGAGAUUUAUUCCUAAAUAUUUUAUUUUGGGCGAGUCCUUUUGGUAUCUGAGUGGGGAAUAUAGUAAAAUGUGAGUGUUUGUGUUUUUUGGAUAUUAAGCUUGUAUCCAGAGUAUAAAUUAUAGUUUUUUAGUAGGGACAUCAAUUUGGGAAUGCUUGAGUCUUGGUUUGUAAUAAAAAGCAGAACAUUAUCCGCAAACAUACAAGUCUUAUGUUCUUCUCCUCUAAUCAUAACCCUCUUUAGCUCGGAGUCCUCUCUAAUUGCUUGAGCAAGGGGUUCUAUGAAUAGUGCGAAUAACGUUGGGUUCAGGGGAAAGCCUUGGCGUGUCCCUCUUUCCAAAUGAAUAGUUUGUGACAGGUGUCCAUUAACUCUGAUCCUGGCUGUUGGAGAGAAGUAUAGCGCUCUAAUACAUUUGAUAAAACCAUCUUUGAAGCCGAAUCUUGCAGGUACCCUGUAUAUAUAUUCCCAACCCACCGAGUCAAACGCCUUUUCGGCAUCUAGGCUGACUAACAUUGCUCUGAUGUUUUCUGUUGUAAUAUGACUUAUCACCUGUAGUGUUCUUCUUUAAUUAUCCUGUGUCUGUCUGUUUAAUACGAAGCCUGUUUGGUCCAAAUCUACCAGCUCUGAGACAAUGGAUUCCAGUCUCUUAGAUGGGGUUGAGGCAAAUAGCUUAUAGUCUACAUUCAAGACUGAUAUUGGUCUGUAUGAGCUACAUUCCUUUUUAUCUUUUCCUUCUUUCAGGAUGAUAGAAAUAACUGCUUCCUUCCAUGAUUGGGGGGCUACUCCUGUUCUCAGUGUUCUCAAUGUAUCAAAACAGUUAAGCAGGACAGGUGUUAUUUGUGGUUUAAAUGUUUUAGACCAUUCAGACGGAUAACCGUCUGAUCCUGGAGCCUUAUUAGCCUUCAUCCUUGAAAUGGCCUUGCUCAGUUCUUCUUCUGUUAUCUCAGCCAUAAUUUCUUUAUGUUGUUGUUCUCCUAUAGAUGGUAAGUCUAGUGAACUUAGAAAGGUCUCUAUUGUUGUGGUAUCUGACAUGGGCGGUUGGGUAUACAGUUCUUUAUAAUAUAGUUCAAAGGCAUGUUGAAUGUUCUCUGAUUCACUGCAAACCCAUUUGUGUCUUGGGAUUUCUAAUCUUAUAGAUCAUAUUUCUCUCGUGUUGUUUUCGAAUCCUCCAGGAUAAUAGUUUUAUUGCCCUGUGCCCUGUCUCAUAAUACUUUUGUUUUGUAAAUUUAAGUUGCUUUUCAAUUUCUUCAUCAUAUGUACCAUUUAUAUCCUGUUUUAUUUUAUUUAUUUUAGUUAAUAGCUGAGGGUCUUUUUGUUCCAUGUGUCUAGUUUCUAAUGACUUCAUGCAAAUAUCUUUCUCAUACAAAUAACCUGUGAGUCGUCUUUAAUGUGAAGCGAGUCUUUUGCCAUCAAACAUGAGGCUGUAGUGUUGUAUUGUUGGGUUGUACCUUGAAGUUUCAUUAACUCUUCAUCGAUACCGUAUUAUGCAUUCGUCAGCCCACCCACUCAUUAUGAACACCAUCCGCCCCUAUGAUAGACUCCCUUUAAGGUGUUGAGUCAUGACUGUAGGCAGAGCUUACAGCUUAAGUCCAUGAUUGAUGUGGUGCUUUGUACCUGAGCUGUCAGCCCCCUGCUCCCUCUGUCUCGGCCUCGCCUCUCCCAGCGUGCAACACCAACAAUGGAGAGCUCUUUACUGUCUCUCCUUUUAGAUUAGAUUAAGACAUAAAAAAUGUCAAAACAUGUGCAGACCAAACCCAGCCCAUUGUUUGAGGAGGGAUUUUCACAGGUGUAAAGACCAACAAACAGGGUGAACUAAAGGAAAACUCGUUUUGAUUUGAGGUGGGUUUCAGUCUUAUUUCAUUCAAACAACUUCUAUAGGGUUGUUUUGUAAUAUGCAAAAAUAUGUCUCUAAGCACACAUUGAAACCAGGUAGCUGUCUGAUUUGCAUGUGGUGUCACAGCUGUUCAGGUGUACUAAAAACAAAAACACCAGAGGAAUUUGAAUGCUGUGUUUCAUACUGUGUCUGGUGAAUUUAAAAGGUAAUGUAGUCAUUAAAAGGUUUCUGUAGGUCUGUUUGCGUUGGAUCUUUAGGAAAACCUCACCAGCAGCACCCAAAGUGUUUAUAGAGUGGCCUUCUUGGUUAUGAUUUACAGUAUGUGUGAAAACGCCAUGCCAUCGCAGCAGCAGGUGGUGUUGUUUGGCAGCUAUCGCACCAGGAGCAGAAGAUCAGACUCCAUGUGAUCAGAGAGAAUGAUACUGAGCAUCUGAUCUUAUUCAUACAAAAUUACAAGAUAAAAAUAUAGUCCACGAGUCCCAAAGAUCAAGUCCAAGUCAAGUCAAGCCUGAAGUCACGUUGAAUUGUAACUCCAGUCUAAGUCUCAAGCUGGAGUCUCGGUCCCCGGAGCAUAUCAGUUAUUCAUCACUCUCUGGUGUCCAACCUGUGGAACCCUUUCUCUGUGACUGUGUCCUCCUCCUACAGUCUGUCACAUUUUCAGUAUAUGCAGUAAAAUUUUAUGGCAGUGACAGAGGCUCUUCUCACCCCACUGUCUGAUGGAUAACUGACUCUUCUUGUCAGAAAGUCUUCACCAGGACAAUCCCUGCUGCUCCAUGACUCUCCCUCCCCUUUCUUACUACCAACUCAGUCAUUUCAGCCGGCUGUAAAACCUGAACCUUGAGUUUGUUUAUGCUGCAAGCCCUGAAAGAGGAGGGGCCAUGAAUGUGUUACUGAGGCUGUUUGCUAUCAUCUCCUGUUCCAUAUUCAAGGAUCCCUUUAUUCAAGAGGAGAGGAAACAGGGUUCAGCAGCUGUCAUGGACAUAAAACCACAGUCAGGCCACACUUUCAGCCAGGUAAAGCUUCGGCAGAAGUAGAGUGGACUCAUGUUCAGCCUGGAAUGUCUUCAUCCUGCCAGAAGACGUCAGCAGAAGAGGAGGACAGUGGUUCCUCCCUCCAUAGAGGACGAGGAGGUGGGGGAGCUCCUGAAGACAUACAGAAACAACAAAAUCCGGACGUCCAAAUACUCCCUCCUCUCCUUCCUGCCCAAGAAUUUGUUUGAGCAGCUCCACCGCUUUGCAAACAUCUACUUUGUCUUCCUGGCAGCUCUGAACUUUGUCCCUGUGGUGGAGGCCUUCCAGCAGGAGAUCGCUGUGAUCCCCAUCAUACUGGUGCUGUUAGUAACGGCCAUCAAGGAUAUCUGGGAGGACUUUCGCAGGUUUAAGUCAGAUCGUUUCAUCAACAGGCUUUGCUGCCAUGUUUACAGCAGGUCAGUUUUACGUCAGUACUUGUGGUCAUUUAUAUUCACUCUAAGAUUAUAAAAGCUGCUUUUUCAACUUUUAUGGUGGAUGUUUGUGGUCCAUCAUGUGUUCUCUUCAUGAGAACACAUGAAGGGUAGAAAAAUAAUCUUGAGUGUUACCAACAUUGCAAGCAGAACUUUUGAAAAGAAGAACAAAUUUGUUAGGGUUCAAGGUCUGAUUACAUCACAAAGAUCCAGAAAGAAAGCCGCGGAGACAUUUCAUGUAGAUAACAAGAACAAAUAUCAGUGUGGCUAAACACAAAUGUAACUCCAGGAUGCAUGUUUUUGCACCUUUUACUGAGGUUUUCAAACAAUGAACAGCAGCAGCCAGUGUUGAAAUAAUGGUUUUUUUUUUGGUAGUGAUAUGAGAACAGAAACUGGACUCUUCAGCCUUCUUUUCAUCAUCUUCAGUGAAACAGACAUCAUUUAUACAUACGGACAGAGGACCUAUUCAGUUUUGAGUCCUUCCAUUCUGUUCCAGACUUGUUGACUGUUGCGUAAAGCACUGUCUUGUGGUGGAAGGAGUGAAGCAGGACCCUCAGCCUGGGUAUCAUCUCCAUCUAAUUUAUGAUGAAGGAGUUCAGCCUCUGUUCCUCUUAUCUCUCUUACCUAUCCAGUAAAUGGCUUAAAAAACAUUCCCAUCCCAUGUUUUCUCACAUAUAUCUGAGAUUGGUCAAAGUCAUCCCAGACACCCUUUCUCCCAGCUCCAGUCCUUCUGGGGGAUCGCUAGGUGUUACCAGACCAGGUGGGAUAUAAAAUCCCUUUGGUAGGCUCAGGGUGGAUCCUGAGACCUCAUGCCAGAAAAGCUCUAAAGGGUUUUCCAGAAGGUCCUUAUCAAGUGCUUCUUUACAGUACACACCAUAAUGUCUACACUUAGUGGAUAGUGCCAUAAGACUCCUUAUCAGGCUCUCAUGGAUGUGACGUCUCUACUCCAAACUCCCCCUGCUGAUGUCAGAGCUCCUGAUCCCAUAUCUCUUGUUCACACAGAAACAUAGUUUUUGGUAAAUGUCAAACUGUUGUUCCGCUCUGACCAGUCCUCUCAACAGAAACCGCCUUUUGAACAGAUUUUUAAGCUGGAAUCUGGUAAAUGUAACCCAGUAUGUCACUAUGUAAACUGGCAGUAUGUGGAUCCUGUGAUAACAGUGUCAGUGGAGCUGUGGUGUUGCCAGUCAAGUAUUCCUGCAUAAGCAGGAGAACAAGAACAUCAGUGGUGGACUGCUGAGCUGUCUCUGUGCUGUUGACCUUACUAGAUUUAUUCAUGCUAUCCCAGCGUGUGCUCACCAUCCUCAUCACUUUCAUGACAAACUGAAACCUCAUGUGUUUUCAGAUGAUUGAACUACAUUGUUCAGUGAAUUCAGGUUUUUUGAACAAGACCCCAUCUGCUGUCUUAAAUUUCAGUUGAAUAUAUAUUUGCACAGUCCCAGUGUUCACCACCAUGAAUGGCUGCUGGACUGCAAGUCAAAUAACUAACCACUGACUCAUUCCUCAUGUUGAAUGGUCCAGACAAUUGAAAGUGGCUUUUCUAUGGAGAAGAAUGUAGACCCCCUGUAGACAAUCACCAGCUGGAGCUGUCACCAUGAGCAGCACAGAGGAUUUGAAAGGCCUGGCUCUGUCAAAGUCUUAGUAAAGUGGGGACAGUGAGGUGAUGGUUGUGAUGUGUUAUCAGUUCAGGGUUGACCCUAGUCUAGUCAAAGGGGUCAAAGUGGUGGUUUUGAGUUUUUCUUUAUCGAGCAAGUGGCUUUCAUUGUACCUCUGUGACAUCUCCCACAACAGGGUUGGGUCAUCAGAUUCAGGAGCACAAUGUAAACUUGUAUUCACUUUAUUUUUGAUAGAUAAUUUCAGGAGAAGUGUGUUUGUAAUGUGUUUGCAGUGUUGGUCCUUUAUGGGUGGGUGGGAGAGGGUAGCUCUUGAGAAAAAAAAGUCUUCAAGUGAAUUCUUCUCUUUCAUAAGAAAGUCCUCUUGUUCUGUAGAGCGUUUUUUUGGGAUCAGUCCCCCAAAAAUGUGUCCUGCCUGACGCCUUUAGAGGCUUUUCAACAAUUCACUCUGGCAACCCCAGAUCCACCCUGAGAUCUAUUUACCUUGGCUGGUUUUAAUCCUCCUGUCUCUCCCUCUUCUCUUUUUCUCCCUCAGUAAACAGAAAACGUACGUUCAGAAGUGUUGGAAGGAUGUACAGGUGGGAGACUUUGUCCGUCUGUCCUCAAAUGAAAUCAUCCCUGCUGACCUGCUGCUGCUGUACUCCUCUGACCCUCGUGGAGUCUGUUACAUAGAGACCUCCAACCUGGACGGAGAGACCAACCUAAAACAGAGACAGGUGGUCUCAGACUUGCCGUUUCAGGUAACACGUGACCUCAAUUUCUGGCCCCCAAAAACAAGUCUGUGUCCACUCAUGAAAUCUAGGUGUGAGUGUGAAUUGUUUUUGGCGUCUGUGUUUCCAGGGAGCAGAGCUGACCCUGGAGAACUUCAGGAGCCGAAUCGAGUGUGAGAAUCCCAAUAAUGACCUCAGCAGGUUCAGAGGUUACAUGUGAGUUCAGUUCUUAUCUGUCAGAAAUUACUGUCUGAUCGAGGAUUUCAGCUGCAAGUCAGGACUGCAGACAGACCAGUUUCUCAGCAGGACUCUUCUCCUACAGAGCCAUGCUGUUGUAAUCUCUGUUGUCAGAAUAUGAUUUGUCAUGGUCUUGCUGAAAUAUGAAGGUUUUCACUGAAAAAGUCUUUGUCUGGAUUACAGCAGAUGUUGCUCCUAAACCUGUAGAUAUUGUUCAGCAUUAAUGGAGCCCUCACAGAUGUGGAAGAUACCCAUGACAUGGACCUUUUGUACAGAGAUUUCUCCAGAUUCUUUGAAUCUUUGAAUGACAAUAUCACAAUUUCUCUUGGCUUUCAUAGAAUUCUGCACUAAAGCCUCAAACACACUUGUAGUCCCCUUCGCUGAAGUAAACAGGAUCGUAGCGUGUGUCUGAUAUUUUUCUGCUUCAUGUCCCACAGGGAACACCCUAAUGGAGUUCGUGUUGGCCUUCAUAACAGCAACCUCCUGCUGAGGAGCUGCACCAUCAGAAACACAGAGACCGUGGUGGGCAUCGUGGUCUACGCUGGUAAGAGAAAACUAACUAUAUGACAUCUGAAUUACAUAUACUGUAGUUCCAAGCUCAUACUUUGAAGAAACUGUUUAUGCUUUAUGUCAGAUGUUUCACAGAUUCCCUUUUGGGGUGCUUUCUACAUGAGUACUUGGAUGAUAAUGAAAAACUAAGACAAUAUCUUUCAAGAGUGAACUUGGACCUUUUGGAUUUAAACACUGAAGAAUUUUUCCAACUUUUGAAGAUGAAACAGUGUCAGUGCACCUCAGUGAAAGAGCUAAGCAGUCAACAGUGUUCAGACUUCCUCCCUCUUCUGUCCCUGAUCUCUUCCUCAGGUCAUGAGACUAAAGCCAUGAUGAACAACAGCGGGCCUCGCUAUAAGCGCAGCCAGCUGGAGAAGCGUCUGAACACAGAUGUCCUGUGGUGUGUGGUUCUGCUCAUCGUCAUGUGUCUGACCGCCGCUGUAGGUGAGUACUGAUGCCCAAGAGCAAAUAUUGAAGCCAAUUACGCAGAGAAUAACACACGUCUCUGCUCUCUGAUCCUUGUGGACUCAGUGUUACUCCGCAGGCUGAAGGAGUCACUUAGUGCAGCUUUAAUUCUUACUUUCUCAAGGAAUGCUGUGGUUCUGCUGUUUGUGGCUCUUUAGGUCACGGUCUCUGGAUGAAGAACCUCAAAGACCCGAUCUUUCAGGUGGAUGGGGAGACGUCUCCUGCUCUGGCUGGUUUCUACGUCUUCUGGACUAUGAUCAUUGUCCUGCAGGUACACAGUUACUAACCUACUAACAUUUAACACGAAAAAAGCCUCUUCGAUGAAGUAUAUAAAUAUAUAUUUUUAAAAGAAAGUCACUGGAAAAAACGAGUAAAUUAUAUAAAUACAAAGGUGUAACAGUCCUCUGUCUCUGUUUCAGGUGCUGAUCCCCAUCUCUCUCUACGUGUCCAUCGAGAUUGUCAAACUGGGUCAGAUCUACUUCAUCCACAAUGAUCUGGCUCUAUACAACGAGCAGCUGGACUCCAGGAUCCAGUGUCGGGCUCUGAACAUCACAGAGGACCUGGGUCAGAUCCAAUACCUGUUCUCUGAUAAAACAGGAACUCUGACAGAGAAUAAGAUGGUGUUUCGUCGCUGCAGUAUCUUUGGGGUGGAGUAUCCUCAUGAGGAGAACGGUGAGCUUUGAGAAGAUGACUGUUGAGGUCAAAGCAUGAAAAAACUGGUCUCUGUUGACUCUCCAGGGUAAAUAAACUCGGGUAAUGGCCAAUGUCUGAGGCUUUGAUUGAUAAUGAUACGUUUUUUUUAGUUUAAGCUGUAAGUUUUAAAUCUAAACUUAGUCCUGUGAUAACUUCUCAUUCUAAAUUUAUGCUCCAAACUAAAUGUGACCAUGGUAACAUGGUUAGAUUUAUGGCAGUGGUGUUUACCAGGUCAACGCCCCCUUAUUAUUUUCAUGUUAUUCUGAAUUAUUAGUUUUUUCUGGAGUUGUUGUAGUGCAGCUGUGUUAAUGAGAGGCUCGGUGAACAGAAGUGGUGAACAGAUGUGAACACAGUGUGAAGAUACUCUUUUUAAGGAUUUCUAGAAACUAAAAACAAGGUAUCAAAGUUACCACCCUGGAUUUACACUCAUCCUUUAUGUGUCGAACAUGAAUCAAAGUAUGCUGUACCUGCUUCACUGUCACUGAUGGCCCCGCCAUUUCUGAAAACAUCAAUAACACACCACAACUUGUGAAACUUUUUACUAACAGUUUCAUGAAUUAAAAAUUCAUUACUUUGAAAUGAGGACUUUUAGAGUUGAAAUAUGACCUGACUCGAAGCAAACUGAUCCACCUUCUGCAAUCACUAUAAUUCUCCGCUUGUCAGCUCGGAGGCUGGAGGUGUACGAGGCAGAGAAGACUGAGGCAGGCGGUCGUUCUGUGACGCUGAAGUCGGGCUGCAGCGGGAAAUCUCUGAGCUGUCGCUCUCUGAGCUGUAACCGCAGCUCUGUGUCUCUGCACACGCUCACCGACGAGGCUGAGGAGGAGGAGGAGGACCAGCUGACCAAUCACAUCCAGCGCAAAACCAGCGCCUUCUGCAGCCGCGUGGUCAGGAUCACACAUUACCUUUUUUUAUGUUCAUGCCUCGCCUGUAUUGCUGACAUUUUUCACAUGACUCUGUUGAAUAGGUCACGUCUUAGUGCUUUAAUGGUUCCAAAAAGAAAGUUUAAUCAGUAACCAGAGGCAUGUCUGUCUGUUUGUUUGCUCACUAAAUUUAAACAACGAGAUCUUUAUCUAAGACAGAAACUUUAUUAUAACAGACAGAAAUUAAGACUGAAGCAUCAGUCUCUGUACAAAAGUUGGAAUCAUAACAACCAUGAUCCAUGCAGCUCUUUUGUCAGCAGAGCUACAAAGAGCUUCAAAACUGUCAUUAGUCAGACUUUGACCUCAGAGGUGUCUGGUCACAGUAAAAAAAGGGGUUCAUGAACUUUUAGGGUAAUUGUUUUCUUUUACUAAAUUAACACUAAGUCCAGCUCCUGUGGCUCUGUGUCCAGGCGAGGGAGGUGGUACCGGACCCCAUGCUGGUGAGGAAGCUGAACUGGCUCCGCUCUCCUGUCCUGACUCUGAGUGACGGCUCCUCAGGAACUCCUUCCAGCCUGGAGCUCACCUAUAUUACAGACUUCUUCCUGGCUUUGGCAAUGUGUAACAGCGUGGUGGUGUCCUCACCCAGCCAGCCCCGACACCAGGUAAGUGGACGCUAUCCAAGUCUGGUCUGUCCACUCUGUGUCUACCUUGAAAAUAAUACCUGACUUCGCUGUCCCUCUGUGCCCUGCAGGUUCCUGAAGCUCGAACUCCCCUGAAGUCUCUGGAGGAAAUCAAGCUGAUGUUCCAGCGCUUCAGCUUCUCCCCUUUCUCCACCCUCUCUCCUCCUCAGAUCAGAGGAAGCCCUCACAGCUUCACCAGCAGGCUGUUUGCCCGCGGGAAGACCGGCUCCUUUACUUUCCCAACGCCUCCUGACAACACCACAGGCAGAUCUGAACCAGGCCUAGAGGACCAGCUGGAGACCUCCAAACUGGACUCACUCUCCAGAGCGGAGGGCAAAGAUGCAGGAGGGAUGGAGGAGAGGGAGGAUGGUACCACAGAGAACACAAAGAUGAGCCCUGAUGAGAGGGACUACGAUGACGAGCUGUUGUAUGAGGCUGAGAGUCCAGAUGAGGCCGCUCUGGUCCACGCUGCCCAGGCGUACCGCUGCACUCUGAGGGGCCGCUCUGCAGAGAGCCUGCUGGUGGAUCUACCGGGGAUCGGCUCUCUGGUGGUCCAGCUGCUCCACAUCCUGCCAUUUGACUCCAACAGAAAGAGGAUGUCAGUGGUGAUCCGCCACCCGCUGUCAGGACAGGUGGUGGUUUACACAAAAGGGGCAGACUCAGUCAUCAUGGACCUGACAGAGACGCCGAAAGGUAACAAGCUGUGCAGGUUAUGCUGAAGAACAGCAGUGAUCCAUUUUGACCUCCUGACUGAUCCAAAGAGUGGUAACAGUGACUCUGGUGAAUGUGUGUGAUGUUCAGGUGCAGAUCACGCUCAGGAAAUCUACGGACACAUCAGAGAACAAACCCAGAAACACUUGGACAGCUACGCCAGAGAUGGUCUGCGCACACUCUGCAUUGCCAAGAAGGUAACGUUUGAGGCCAGUAGGACAAAAGAGCUUCCAAAAAUACACAGCAUAUUUCUAACACAUAUUCACCGCCCCCUAGUGGAUUGUUGCAGUGUAGUUCUUUCAAUGUGAUAAAGUGUCAGGGUAAAGCUCAGCCUGAGUGUUUGUAUUGUGCGUCAGGUUCUGGAGGAGGAGGAGUACGAGGUGUGGCUGAAGAGGCAGCUGCUGGCAGAGAGCAGCAUCGAGAACAGGGAGGAGUUGCUGCUGGAGUCAGCUCAGAGGCUGGAGACCCACCUCACCCUGCUGGGUACCACUUACUCUCUUAAUACCUAACUGCAGACCUGUAGGUCCAUAUCAGCAUGACAACCAAAAGAAACAGAAUUUGUGGUCUGUGGUUUUGAUGCGCUCUUGGAGAUGCUCUAAAAAAAAACUCUCCUCUUAGGCACUACAGGUAUCCUGGACCGACUGCAAGAGGAAGUCCCAGAGACCAUUGAGGCUCUUCAGAGGGCCGGGAUCAAAGUAUGGGUCCUCACUGGUGACAAAAAGGAGACAGCCAUCAACAUCGCCUACGCCUGUAAACUUCUGCGUCCAAACGACCAGCUGCUGACAGCCAGCUGUGGGAGUAAGGUCUGUCACACCAUAAGUGAGCUUUUUUAUAACCAGAGACUUUUUCUAAGAUGUGGUUUGAUUUAGCAUCGACUUUUAAACUAUCUGACCACGUUAGUUCAGACCCUCAGCUUCAGUCUACAACUACACUUGUGGUUUGACGUGUUUGACAUGCAGUGCCUUAUUUUAGUGGUUUUCUGAUCAGACACUGACUUUUGAAGUAUUUUCUUUUGUUUGUUUUAAUAACCAAAAUGAGUAUCAUUAUGUUGGUCAGAGGCUCUGUACAAAAACGACAUUAGUAGUAUCUUAUUUUCCCUACUUCCUGAGUCCUGCACCAUUCCUGAGUACCUUUAUAACCCUCCUCCUGUUUUUUUUUCUCCUCCAGGAGGCAUGUGCAGCUUUGCUCCAGCAGCUCAGACUGGAAGUGCAGCAUGGAGAAGACAGUUUGACAACAGGAGCAGGGAAUCAUGGAAAGUCCUCCUCUGACUGCGGGACUGGCUUUGUCCUGGUUACAGAUGGCUGUACACUGGACUGGGCCCUGCAGGAGGACCUGAAGAAUGACUUUGUGGUGCUGAGCUGCAAAUGUAAAGCAGUGAUCUGCUGCAGGUCCACGCCCCUGCAGAAGAGUCAGGUAGUCCAGCUGAUCCGAGACCAACUGGGUGUCAUGGCCCUGGCUGUGGGUGAGGACUAUGUACUUUGCUGUGGAGUCUCUGUAUUUCUUUGAAAAAAAAAAGAUUUCACUCGUUUAUUGAAACAAGAAGAUGAUCUGAAAAUCCUGCUAAAUUCUAUUUUGUAGAAGUUUCAGUUUUGUUCUCUGCGCUGUGUGAAGGUGAAGGUGACUUUAAAGGUCAUUUUGUUGGUCUCUGAAGGUGAUGGAGCGAAUGAUGUGAGCAUGAUUCAGGUGGCUGACGUGGGCAUCGGGAUCUCUGGUCAGGAGGGCAUGCAGGUAAUGAGAACUGUAUUUAGUGUAUCAGAACUAAUGGGAGGAGAGCUUUGAUUUGAACAACCACUGUGCAGGGACUCUCAGUGAUGCUGUUUCCUUUUGUGUUGAUAACAUUGGGCACUGAGCCCUUCCUCAUGUUUCCUAACACUGACCCUCAUCUGCUUCUGUCCAUCAGGCGGUGAUGUCCAGUGACUUUGCUGUCUCCAGGUUUAAACACCUCAGGAAGCUGCUGCUGGUCCACGGCCGCUGGUGUUACUCUCGCCUGGCUAACAUGAUCCUGUACUUCAUCUACAAGAAUGUGGUGGGACUCCUAUGAACUCUACUUGUAUAAAAUGAAAUAUGAUUGGCCAGUUUAUUUCUCACUUAUGUAGCUUUUCAGAUCAAAUUGUAGUUGCCUCCUUUUAUGCUGCAGAGUCGUCACAAAAUUAUUGUGUACAAUGUUGUGAAUGGUGAUAAAUUUGAUCGGGUUUCUGCAGUCUUGUUUUAUGAAAUCCAGAAAUUGGGCUGAGGAAAUUCAGUAGGGAGGCAGAGGCUACAGCUGCAAUGCAUUGUGGUUCAUGUAGACACAGCUUCACAAGCAGCAGGAUUCAGGUUUCUCUGUCAGUAGAGCACUAGCUGGACAUUGUUAACUUAAUUUGCGUUGUACUCUAACAGUUGUGAGUACUCAUCUUUUAAAUAACCAGAGCAUCAGCAGCUACUCUUCAAGAUACUUCUGAAUCAAACUGGAGCCUGAAGCAGUGACCGGCUCCUCCGCAUGAUCAAGAAGAUCAAAGUAAAACAGGCUGCAUGUUUCUCACUGCCUCCUGUUUGUAUGUUCAGAUGUACGUGAACCUGCUCUUCUGGUAUCAGUUCUUCUGCGGUUUCUCCGGGAGUGUUAUGACAAACUCCUGGGUGCUCAUCUUCUUCAACCUGCUCUUCACCUCCGUCCCUCCUCUCAUCUACGGUGUCCUGGACAGAGACACACCUGCAGACACACUGAUGGAGCUGCCUGAGCUUUAUCAGGACACACAGUCCUCGAAGGUGACCACACACUCAUAAAUCAGCCCUCUUGGAAACUGUUCCUCUCUGAUGAUCGUAUAGCAAUGUUGUAAUAAUACAGGGCAGCUAACAUGAGCAGAGCUAGUUUCACAUUCACAUACCUGUGCUGGUUGCAUAAACAUGGACUCUGUCUCCCUGCAGGUCUACAUUCCCUCCAUGUUCUGGUUCACAGUCCUGGAUGCCUUUUACCAAAGCCUGGUCUGCUUCUUUGUGCCUUAUUUUGUAAGUGCACUGAAAUGAAGAGAGUAACGGCUGAUAAUAGUCCAUUUACCUCUUUUUUACUGUUUAAAUUUGUGUGUUAAAAAUUCAUCUUCCUGUUCAAAUCUUGCUGUCAGGCAUAUGCAGGAUCAGAUGUCGGGGAUCUGUCCUUCGGUUCUCCAAUCAACGCCUCAGCGCUUCUCAUCAUCCUGCUGCACCAAGUCAUCGAGAGCCACACUCUGGUCAGACUCACAGCUGAUUAAAGUCACGUUGUUAAGUCUGUUGCAGUUUGCAGCAUGUGUACCUGGGGUCUCUAAUUCCUUCGUACGGUCUUGCAGACGUGGAUCCACGUGCUGGUGUUGGUGUUCAGCUCCAGUUUCUACUUUGGCUUCGUGCUGCUUUUCAGUGUGAUCUGUGUGACUUGCAGCCCCCCCACCAACCCUCUUGGGGUGGAAACACUCCAGAUGUCCCAGCCGCUCUUCUACAUUGUGUGUGCUCUUACUACUGUGACGGCUCUCUUACCCAGGUACACACGCACGCACACGUGCGCACACGCACACACGCACACUUUAGUGAAAGCAACAUCUUGCACACGUGAAAAUCACACAAACUGUGUCUGAUAUAAAAACAGUCAAAGAAAGUGUCAUUUAAAAGGAUAUUUCUGUGUUUUUUUAAGUGACACUGUACUAGUUGUGUGUUACUGCUCAGUGUUUUAGCCACAGUGGAUGUUGAUCAGCUUGACCUGUUCACAGAAACUUCGGUAGAAACCAGUUGCAAGCUAGGCUACAGUUUUCUGCAGAAAGAAGUCGACUCAACCACAUGAUUGAGCAAAUUAAAGGAGACUCUAACUUAAACACUCAUCUUGGUUUAAAAGUGCGCCCUGUUGAGAGUGUGCAAAAACAGAUGUACUUUCUGGGACUUCACUCAAACUGAAAUGAGUGUUUGAGUCAGAGGGCUCUAUUUUCGUUCCUUGCCGGUGACGUGGCGAAGGCGCGGCGUAAGUCAGGCCCGGCGUAAGUCAGGCCUGCCGCACAGAUAAGGCAUGCCCAAGCACAUUUUGGUGUUUUGGUAAGCGGCGCAGCCCGGCGUAAGUAUCCCCCCUCCCUAACUCAGCUCCUCCCAGCGGCGGAAGUCGUAGUGAGGGAGGAGAGAAGGCGUAGAAUAGGUUUAACACAGCCGAGACCUGUUUUCGCCAAUCACAUCAGUUCGUCCCCUCACCUUUAAAUCCACCACCGGCGAGGCAUAUUACAAUUUUUGUGAAGUAGUCAAAGAGAUCAAGAGAUGUCUGAAGACAGUAAUCCCACACAAUGGCGACAGAAGGCAGCCCCUCAACAAGUGUCGCUGUAAGCGCUGUAGAGGGCGUCCUUCACACUCUCUCAUAUGAGCACAGAGGGAUUUGGUGUGUGUAAUGUUGGACCCACUAGCAAGACAAACACCCUUUUCCACAAAUAAAGACAAUCACAUAAAGUUGCACAUAUUCAAACCUCACGUGACAAAGGUGGGUUGUGCGCACAGAUCACAACAUAAACUCCAAUAAUGGCAUUAAAAUCGGAACCAUUUGUGCAUAAAUGACACACCGCGCUCCGUGGCCUGGCUCUUUCUUUCAUAGAUGUUGGCAUAUAAAAUAAAUUUGACUCACGCAACUGAAUAUCAUAAUAUCUGGAUGUGGGCUUAAAGUAAAUAACUCCUCUGAUCACUGAAACAAAUCAGCUGCAGCAGGACGGGGAGAGGACACGGACACAUGUCCAGGUAGAGCUGUGCGAGAAAUAAGAGGAAGAAAGAAAAGAAGGGAGACGAAUUACAUACCUUGUUAACUUCAUCAUGUGACUAGAUAUUUAAUUUAAUUUAAUGCGGUUUCAUCUGUGUUAAUUCGGUCAGGCUGAGUGUCCAAACAGGUGCCAAACGCGCUCAUCAGAUCAGAUAUAGAUCAGAAUAUAUCGAUGUAGAUCUAAAUGUAUGUGCUGACUCAGAUUAAUAGUUGUGGAUUAUUGCACUGAAAUGUGCCUGACACUGUGGAAACCUGCCUGUGAGGCUUCGGUGACAUGUAGACACCACACCGCCGGUCUACCAAAAUACCACUAGACCAGCUGCUUUUCUGCCUGCACUGAAAGCUGACCAGGUUUGAAUGGGCGAGCUUUCGGUACACUUUCUACGCCGCCAGCAAGCACGAAAAUGUCACUGCGCCAGCUGAUUCUGUCGACACCUCCCCCUACCGCGCAACGACGCCCAGCUUGGCAGACCGCGGUGCGCCUCAGUCCACUAAAAUACCAAACUGGCUGUGCACCGGGCUCCGCCAGACGAAAAUACCACUGCGCAGGGUCCGCCACCCUCUGCCGCAUUGCCGGCGGGCACAAAAAUAGAGCCCAGAGUCUCUGUAAAUUUAGUGAAUUAUGUGACUGAUUCUGUCUGCAGAAAACUGUAGCCUGUAGCUGUGUGCUGGUUCUUGCUGCAGAUUCUCAUUGAAGAGGCCAAGCUGACUGACAUCCAUUGUGCUGAAAACUCACAUGCAGCAUUAUUACUGACUCCGUUUCGAGCACUUUUUCUGGUCUGUUUACGACUUUCCGACAUUCACCCUCUUUUUUCAGGCUGUUAUUCAGAGCUCUUCAUAACACCCUCCACUCCUCAGCUGCUCUGAAAUCAGCUCAGAUGGACAAGGAGGAUUCAGAGAGAUACCGCAGGAGGAUGCAGUGCUGGAACCUGAAACACUCCCCGGCCAACAGAGUGCCAGUGUGUGUGGAUAACCCUGACCUGGAGCCAAACUCGGCCUCAGUGAUGUCCUGACCUUCAUUUACACACACACAGAGUCAGAGAGGUGUGUGUCUCCUGUACCACCGGACUCAACAGUAGUUAUAGUUAUUCUUUCUGCUGAAGCACUGAUCAUUUUACUACAUGAAUAGCCAAAGAGCUCUGUGAGUUAAUCCAUGAAUACCUCACUUUUCAAUGAUGGGAGCAGGAUCUAUCAAACAUCAUCAGCUUUUCUCAAAUUCAAGACUUAGUUAUUUUUGCACAAGUCAUAAAACAAAAAUUUACCUGAUUUUAUUUUUUAUCUUUGAGGAUUAUUAUUUUUAUUAUUUGAGGAUGUGUUUGUAGAAACAACCAAAGCUACAUCUGCACUGCAGUUAGGAGUGAUAUUAAUGAGCUUAUAACAGACACAGAGGUGUUUACAUCAAAACCUCAGCACCCUCACUCUUUUCCAAUCUUAUUUUCAAGCUUUAAGUUUUUUUAUCUGUUUUAUUUCUGAGGAGUUUUGCAGAUGAAAUCUCAAAUUAUCAGAGCAAACAAAGAAAUCAAUCAAAACCAGGACUUAAAGUUAAACAUUAAAGCUAUUGCUACUGGGUUUUGACUGACAGGUGGGUCUGUUAGAUAUACUGACCUGAUCACAGUCUUGUAUUCAGGAGAAUGAAACUGGAGUGCUGCUUCAGUAUACAGGUGUCUUAUUUUCUUCUAUUUUCUGUCUGUUUAUAUUUCUGCAGCAGGUCUGUGAAUAGUCGCCAGAGGGACUUUCAUAUGUGAGGGUUGUAAACCCUCCCUGGUUAAGUGGAGUGAACUGAACAGACCCAGACACAUUCACCACGGUGAAUUGGUCUGUCAGUGAGUCUGUUCAAGUGAGUUGUCCGUUCUUGUUUUAAUGAAAAUACAUAAUCCAGCUCGUUUAAAAUUGUCAAAGUAGAUUCAAUGGACCCUCCAGUAGCAGAAGCCGCUAUCUUGUUUGUUAACAAAUACACUAAAGUGGCGCUCCUGUGUCAUUAUCUUAAAGGACUGUGAUUGAGUCGGUGCGUCUGCCACCCAUAGGAAAUCAUUCAGAGUAACAACAGUCCAAUAACCACCUGACAACAAAAAUGAAUAUGAGCCGGCUAAUGAGAGAUAAAAUCAGGCUGUAAUCCCAAAACAGUGUCAGAAUGUUUUCUGAAUGUGUGGCUCAUUAAUAAAUACCCCAGUAUUUAAUAAUAGGUGAAAGAUCCCAUCAUAACAUGGCCAUGAAACAAGGGUUAAACUCUGCCCUGCCCCUCCUGGACUAACUCCAGUGAAGUUACUCCGACUGGUCUCAACUGAAAUGAAAGAAUCUUGCAGUGUGGAUGUAGGUUAAGAUUUAGUUUUUGUAAAAAAUAGGAGGAGCACCAUGGUCUUCUCAGGUCUUCAUUUCAAAGAGGACGGCGUAGGGAUAAAGGAAUAAGGUGAUGUUUCCUGGAGAUGAACCCAGUGCCUCUCCCUCUGCUGAGUCUGGUCCCAUCAGCUACUGUUAACCAUGAUGAACUUUUUCUGCUGGAUGACGUGGUGGAGCUGUGGAGCCUUUAAUACUGACGUUUUCACCAGGUGACAACGAACAAACACUGAAAAGUGUACGGUGGGUUGAAUGUGUUUACAGUCCUCUAACAUGGGGACAGUGUAAAGAGACUUUAAUAGAGGCGUCUUUUUUGUUUACCUGCUCAGCUGUUGUCUCAGAUGAGGUCAGCUGGUGGUAAAUGAGAUUAAUCUCUGAGUCAUACUGACUCCAUUUUCAUUUUUUUUAUUUAUUUCUCUAAUCAACACUCAGCUGAAGCUGCAGUUUACUAAAUGAUUAAUGCUGUAUCAAGAGCAAAGUGAAGACGAGCUUUUUGUAAUUUUCAUCUGUACACACCUGUGUAAUAAACCAGCAAAUAACAUGAAGCCUUAAUUGAAAAGCCUUUAACAGCAAAGUGCAAUCACCUUUAUAAUUGUCCUUUUUUUGACUGGAUGUAUUUCGAAAACAUCUGUACAAAGCAAUAAACGCACUGUUCAAAUACUGUUUUUUAUUAUCAAUAUGAAGUUCUCAGAAAACAAUAUUAAAAGUGACAACCCUGGUACUGUACCAGGCUUUGCUGCAAAAUCACCCAGAUAAUGAUCUGCUGUCUUCUGUACUAUUUGCAGAUAUUUACAUGAAUGAUUGAUGGACUCAAUCAGCUGAUGCAUAUGCCAGCUACAGAGAUGUAGUCAGCUGAUGGCCAAUAUGAAAAGCUGAUAUCUGGCUGUCCUUUUUUGCAAACAAAAUACCACAGUCUAAUAAAAACAAGUGAGACAUUG